GACAGUUCCUUCAGGGAAGGCUAGUAAGUUAGCUUGAUGUAACCUCGUUUGUACCAGCAACGUUACAUCACUUUAGGUCGUGUCCCACAUGCGAAAUAACGACCAAAAGGAACAAACUCUUCCAGAUUCAAGUCAUAUGGUACUAGUAUUAGUCACUGACCUGUCAAACAAGAACAAUAUUAGAGCGACGGCCUUAGUGACUUAGCAAGUUUUAAGGAGGGUGCUACCAAUACGUUUUCAUCUUGCACGAUUUUCAGACAAAAGGAGAGAUGUCCUGUACGUGCACCUCAGCUGCAAGAUUGUUCCUUAGCACUGCCCACAGAGGAUUGUCGUGCAACCGAAUCCAGUUGUUUUCACUGAGUCGUCCAGUCGCUCGGGAAACACGUUUCCAUCCUCGGGUGUGUGUCAGGUCGUUUUCAGACACCGCUGUCUGUUAUGCAUCUAAAGAUGGGACAACAAAAGACAGUGGGAAUGAUGGCGGAAAGAAAAGUGCCAGUGAGGGAAAGAGACAGUCUGGUUCUGGAGGAUCAGACAAAGGUGGAAAUCAGCUACGCUGCCCUAAAUGUGGGGACCCCUGCACACAUGUAGAGACCUUUGUUUCAUCAACACGGUUUGUCAAAUGUGAGAAAUGUCAUCACUUUUUUGUGGUCCUGUCUGAAACGGAUUCUAAAAAAGGGCUAAACAAAGAACCAGAAUCGGCUGCGGAGGCUGUGAAACUGGCGUUUGCACAGAAACCACCUCCUCCUCCCAAGAAGAUUUAUGCCUAUCUGGACAAAUAUGUUGUUGGCCAGUCUUACGCAAAAAAGGUCUUGGCCGUUGCCGUGUACAAUCACUACAAGCGCAUUUACAACAACAUCCCUGCAGGGAACCGACAGCAGGUGGAGGUGGAGAAACAGCCGUCUUUGACACCUCGUGAGCUAGAGAUGAGAAGACGAGAGGAUGAAUACAGAUUCACAAAGCUGCUGCAGAUCGCAGGGAUCAGUCCUCAUGGAAAUGCUCUGGGAGCGAGCAUGCAGCAGCAGGCGAGCCAGCAGCCGCUUCAGGAGAAGAGGGGUGGGGAGGUCCUGGACUGCUCGCACUCUGACAUCAAACUGGAGAAGAGCAACAUUAUACUCCUCGGUCCGACUGGUUCAGGAAAAACAUUAUUGGCACAAACACUGGCACGUUGUCUUGAUGUUCCGUUUGCGAUCUGCGACUGCACCACGCUGACUCAAGCUGGAUACGUGGGAGAAGACAUCGAGUCGGUCAUCGCCAAACUUCUGCAAGAUGCCAACUACUCAGUGGAGAAAGCACAGCAAGGUAUUGUGUUCCUGGAUGAGGUUGAUAAGAUUGGCAGUGUGCCUGGAAUCCAUCAGCUAAGAGAUGUGGGCGGAGAGGGAGUUCAGCAGGGUUUGCUGAAGCUCUUGGAGGGUACAAUUGUCAAUGUGCCUGAGAAAAACUCCAGGAAACUCCGAGGUGAAACGGUGCAGGUCGACACAACAAACAUUCUGUUUGUUGCGUCCGGUGCCUUCAACGGCCUCGACAGGAUCAUCAGCAGAAGAAAAAAUGAAAAGUAUUUGGGUUUUGGAACUCCCUCGAACAUGGGGAAAGGGCGGCGAGCGGCGGCGGCGGCGGACUUGGCCAACAGCAGCGGUGAGACGGACACGGUGGCAGAGAUCGAGGAGAAGGACCGGCUGCUGAAUCACGUGGAAGCCAGGGACCUGAUUGAGUUCGGGAUGAUUCCAGAGUUUGUUGGUCGUCUUCCCGUCGUCGUUCCGCUGCACAGUUUGGAUGAAGAUACGCUGGUCCGGAUCUUGACUGAACCACGUAAUGCUGUGGUGCCGCAGUACCAGGCUCUGUUCAGCAUGGAUAAAUGCGAGCUCAAUGUCUCCCAAGAUGCUUUGAGAGCCAUCGCCCGAAUGGCUCUGGAGAGAAAAACUGGAGCUCGUGGACUCAGAUCCAUAAUGGAGAAACUUCUCCUUGAGCCCAUGUUUGAGGUGCCGCACUCAGACAUCAUUGCUGUUGAGCUUAACAAAGACGUGGUCCAGGGAAAAUCAGAACCCAGAUACGUCAGAACUCCAGCCAAGGAGUCGGCGGAGGAGGAGUACGACUCUGGCAUCGAGGAGGAAAACUGGCCUCAGCAGGCAGACGCUGCGAACAACUGAUCCACAUUUCACCUGCAGACCACACGAUCUAAAAAUCAUUAAUUACCAUGAACCUUUUUUGGACACCAAGCUUUGGUACUUUUUUUUUAAGCUACACCUGAAAAAAUAAACUGUGGACACUGGUGAAUAUGUUUUCACCAUGAACAAGUAAAGAGAGAGUAACAACCUUUCGGUCUCUUGUAUCAAAUAAUUCUCUAGCGGUGCACUCGGUGUGGACCUUUUUUAUGAAAUAUUUCAAUCUCUGGGGAUUGUUAACAGUUUAUCUAUAUAAAGAUAAUGGAAUUUUAAUGAUGAAGAAAAAGUAUUUGUAGCUAGUUUGUACUCUCUUCUUUUGGUGAUUGGUUGUACUGGCAAAGGAAGCAAAUGGAAAUAAUGGGAUCAUACUGUACAGGGAGGGAGGGCGGAGCUUAGAACGUGUAGAUGUUACCGUGUUAAGAAAUGCCUUAAGUCACGAGGGCAUGAUAUUCCAUGAGCACAUCAAUAUUUUGAUGAUUCUUUCUUUACCACCAUUGUACUAAUGGUGCUCCGAGUGAAAUCUGUUGUAAAUGUUCAGCUACACACAGGUAGUGUUUGUAAGCAGUUUAUACGACUUGAGCUCUUCUUAAAAGGGCAUAUUGUGACAGAUUAAAAACACACCAGCACACUAAUCACAUCAGAUGAGAAAAAUUAGCCUGAAUGGUUAUUUUAGUGUUCAGCUUCUUCAUUUACCCCACUUUUUUCAGGGAUGUUUUAUUUACAGACCUCUGUUAUGGGUUGAUUCAAAAGGGGAGAAUUAAGAUUGUUUCUGUUUGAAGUGAUUAAUCCUCAUGUUCUGAUAUAAAUAAGUUUGAUCACAUCUUUGUUUGGAACUCCCUCUGAAUUUGCAUCGUUAAGCAAAAAAACAUUCUCCACUCGUGCAGCGGUGGUCCCUCCAUGCUGCUGUUUGUCCGUUCAGAUUCAACUCUUGUUUUAUUUUAAAAUCUUAUUUCUUUUUCCUUCUGUCAAGCUGCUGUUCCUCAGAGGUCUGUUACAGAAUCUGUAGACUUUCCCGCUUCCAAAAUAAGCUUGUGAGUCCUAAAUUUAUUGUGAUUGUUUAAAAAUAUAUAAAUAAAAUCUGUAAGUGGAAAGUUGAA